AUGUCAUCAAGUAAAUUUAACUAUGAGGAAGCCGUGAAGAAAUUAAAUUUAUUACAGUCAAAUAAGUCAACUAUAGAGCAAAUAAGAAGAGAUAUAAAACUAGGCCAAAAAUGCACAAACAUAGAAGAUAUGGAAAAUUACUUAGCCAGGACAGGUGUGUCCCUGUCAGCAUUAGACAAGCUCUCUGUUAUACAUGUGGCUGGCACUAAAGGCAAGGGCUCAACAAGUGCGAUGUGUGAAUCAGUCCUUCGCCAGCAUGGGUACAGGACCGGCUUCUACUCUUCUCCUCAUCUAGUAGAAGUGCGUGAGCGCAUCAGGCUCGAUGGUCGCAUUGUUAAUAAGGACACCUUCGCCAAGCAUUUCCACGAGGUCUAUGACCGGCUUUACGCUACACAGAGCUACGAAGGCGACAUGCCCAAGUAUUUCGCAUUUCUGACGGUGCUUGCAUAUAACAUGUUCUUGAAGGAAAAAGUGGAUGUAGCGAUCGUUGAAGUGGGCAUUGGAGGCAUUGUCGAUUAUACCAACGUCCUCAGGAAAGUGCCCGUAGUCGGAAUAACAGCAUUAGGCCUCGAUCAUACUUCGAUUUUGGGGAAUACAUUACCUGAGAUCGCUGAAGCCAAAGCCGGCAUUAUGAAACGAUGCUGUGAGGCAUAUACUGUACACCAACCACCGGACGCCAUGGAGGUGCUGCAAAGAGUUGCCAAGAAGGUUCAGUGUUCACUAAACGUAGUACCGGAGUACAAAUCCUACACAUUUCAAAAUGGCUUAAAACUGCAGCUACCCGUGGACAUAGACGCAUAUCGUAUGAAUGCCUCUUUGGCAGUCCAACUUGCACACGCUUGGAUGCGUAAAAAGUUACAGUCCCAGAUAAAUAACUUAAAACAAACUAAUAUUACUAACGGAAAUGUCGAGGGAAGGGAGAGCAAACAAAAUAUAGGAGUUGUAGAAAAUAUAGUGACAAAGCUUCCAAAUGAAACUAUCUUGGGUUUGUCUAGCUGCAGGUGGCCGGGUCGAUACCAAAUUGUAAAAACCGAAUAUUCAACUUUCUAUCUGGACGGGGCGCAUACAAAGGAGUCUAUGGAAAUAUGCGUAAAGUGGUUCAAAGACAAUAAUCGGUAA